AUAUGCUCUUCUUCUCAGGAUAUUACAUGUAAGGCAGCUGUUGCCUGGGAGCCGCAUAAACCUCUAUCCAUUGAAACUAUUACUGUGGCUCCACCAAAAGCCCAUGAAGUUAGAAUUAAGAUUCUUGCUUCUGGUAUUUGUGAUCAGACAGCAGUGUACUGAAAGGAAUUAUUCCUUCCAAAUUUCCAGUGAUUUUGGGCCAUGAAGCAGUUGGAGUUGUUGAAAGUAUAGGGUCGGGAGUGACUUGUGUAAAACCAGGUGACAAAGUAAUCCCACUUUUUGUACCCACAAUGUGGAUCUUGCAGAGCCUGUAAAAGUUCAAAUAGCAACUUCUGUGAUAAAAAUGACAUGGGUACAAAAACAGGGCUGAUGCUGGACAUGACCAGCCGAUUUACAUGCAAAGGCAAACCAAUUUACAACUUAAUGGGUACAAGCACUUUCACUGAAUACACUGUUGUGGCUGACAUAGCAGUUGCCAAAAUAAAUCCUCAAGCCCCUCUUGAAAGUUGCCUUAUAGGAUGUGGAUUUGCCACUGGAUAUGGUGCAGCUGUAAACACUGCUAAGGUAACUCCAGGUUCUACCUGUGCUGUUUUUGGAUUGGGAGGUGUUGGCUUCUCAGCCAUAGCUGGAUGCAAAGCUGCUGGAGCUUCACGUAUUAUUGGGGUUGGAACUCACAAAGAAAAAUUUCCAAAAGCCAUUGAAAUGGGAGCCACAGAAUGCCUAAACCCUAAAGAUUUUGAUAAACCAAUUUAUGAGGUUAUUUGUGAGAAGACUAAUGGAGGUGUGGAUUUUGCCAUUGAAUGUGCUGGACGCAUUGAAACUAUGAUGAAUGCAUUGCAAUCCACUUAUUGUGGUAGCGGAGUAGUAACUGUAGUGCUUGGAUUAUCAUCUCCAAAUGAGCAUCUUACCCUUAAUCCACUCUUACUACUGACAGGGCGAUCAUUGAAAGGAUCUAUAUUUGGAGGCUUUAAAGGAGAUGAAGUCUCAAAGCUUGUAGAUGAUUACAUGAAGAAAAAAAUCAAUGUUAACUUCUUGGUGAGCACGAAAUUGACACUGGAUCAGAUCAAUAAGGCAUUUGAGCUACUCACCAGUGGACAAGGGGUUCGGAGCAUUAUGGUAUACUAA